UCCUCGGUGCAGAGGCGGGGCCUACAAGCUUGUUUUAGAAGCCCUCCAGUCCUUAGCUCGUUUGGAACGCGAGACUCUAACUUUAUUGGAGGGCAAGCUCGCUUUACGGCUCAGGGCCGCUUUUUACGUCAUUUUCCGGCUUCCCAUUCACUUCGCAGUGAAGAUGGCGUCGGGUAGCGGGACAAAAAACUUGGACUUUCGCCGAAAGUGGGACAAAGAUGAAUAUGAGAAACUCGCCGAGAAGAGGCUCACGGAAGAGAGAGAAAAGAAGGAUGGAAAACCAGUGCAGCCAGUCAAACGGGAGCUUCUCCGACAUAGAGACUAUAAGGUGGACCUGGAAUCCAAGCUUGGAAAGACAAUUGUCAUUACCAAGACCACGCCGCAAUCUGAGAUGGGAGGGUAUUACUGUAAUGUCUGUGACUGUGUGGUGAAGGACUCUAUCAACUUCCUGGAUCACAUUAAUGGAAAGAAACAUCAGCGAAAUCUGGGCAUGUCUAUGCGUGUGGAACGUUCCACCUUGGAUCAGGUGAAGAAACGUUUUGAAGUCAACAAGAAGAAGAUGGAAGAGAAACAGAAAGAUUACGAUUUUGAGGAAAGAAUGAAAGAGCUCAGAGAAGAGGAGGAAAAGGCCAAAGCCUACAAGAAAGAGAAACAGAAGGAGAAGAAAAGGAGGGCUGAGGAGGACUUGACAUUUGAGGAGGAUGAUGAGAUGGCAGCUGUGAUGGGCUUCUCUGGCUUUGGUUCCACCAAGAAGAGUUACUGAGGCUUUCUGUGCUUGGCUCUUUGCUGACUUUGUGUGUGUGGGGGGGUCACUUUUUGGGGGGUACUUGGGAAAGUCCUUAAGAGCCACAAUGGGGAGGGCUAUAGAGGGUGGGUGUCUGUGGUUUCCCUCUACUUUGGGAGAGAGCACAGGAUGUGAAGGUAAUGUUGUGGCAUAUUCCCUCAGCCUCAGUAUGUCACUGGAGUCACAGGACCUCUGCCUGAGUUCCCAAUAAAGAAAAACCUCUUCUGAGGCUGCUUUCCCAAAACUCCCCCUGUAUCUUUCCCUCUUCAUCUGUCCAAUCUCUUCUCUGAGCAUCCUACAUUUAUCCUGUGUUUUCCCUGUUAUAAUUUUGAUUCUUGCUUAGCCUGCAGCAGAAGGGUUUUCUGGGUCCCCAGUGUCCAGUUGAUAGCACAUUUUUGACCAGCCCUCUUUCCCCCUCAACCCCCUGUGGUUCUUCACCACCUGUGCAUGCAUGUGUAUUUCUGCCUGGGUCAGUGGUAUGUGCGGGCGUGUGUGCAUGAAUUUGUCACAUAGAGGGAGCCAGAGCUAGAACCUCAGAACAUUGCUGCCUUGGGGUCUUAUGUUCGUGGCUCCCUCAGAGCAUGUAACAGGAAAUUAAAUGGGACGAGUGUUUGGU